UUUAGUGGUUAGGAAUAAAUGUCCCAAGGUUUGUGAAGACGAACGAGUCCGUGUUUGGUUUAAAAGUGUUACUUCCAUAUAAUGUAAUAAAAACUUUUUCUACAUCGGGCGGUGCAGUCCACAUAGACAACAAUCUUCAUUUUCGUUAUUUAGUAAUUAAUUGUUUCAUCUUAACUGGAAGUGAUUACGACAAUUUUCCAAGAUGCAGGCGCCACAAGAGGAUAUUUCUGAUUUUCCUCUCGAAAUAUGCUUGAAACCCCAGCCACUGAUAGGCAUGAGUGGUUUGGAUGUAAGAAACAAUGCAAUGCAUAAAUUGAUUGCUGAUACCUUCUUCAAUAAUCGCCGAAUAGAUGGGAUUCAAAUACAAUACAAAUUAAUAGAUAACACAUUCUCAUUUCCAACUAUGAAACCAAAGAGAAACUCAUAUGAGUGGUAUGUUCCAAAGGGUAUCUUAAAGAGGAACUGGAUGCAUAAACAUUUAAAUUGCAUUCCAGCUGUAAUUGCUGUGUUUUAUGAAUUGGAUUGGAAUGAUACCCAGUUUAAUGAGAAAACUAUUGAGUGUGCAAGUAGGAUUCAGUCUUUAAGGCAUGCAUUGGAAGGAAGAACAACAAAAAUUACUCUUGUUUUAAUGCAAACAAGAGCUCCCAUGCCUUCAAAUGAUGACGUUGUUGCAACAGAAAGGGCUGCAACUAUAUGUGGCCAAUGUGGUUUAAAUACAAAAAUGUUAUUUGUGUUACCACAUGGUGAUCACUUACAAGGGUAUGCUGUAAGACUGGAAAACACAUUCUAUGAGUUGUCACAAGGUUAUUAUGGUAGUGAAGCAAAAGUAAUCAAAGGACAUCGCGAGUAUUUGAACAAAAAUACACAUCAGUAUCUAAUGGUGCGCCAUCAGUUCAAAAUGGGCUUUUUGAAUGAGUUGAAACAAGAUAUUCACGCAGCACAUAAACAUUACACUCAUGCCUAUAAUAAUUUGUUGGAGAUUCGUAUUGUUGAUACGAAUGCCAACGAAAUUCGCACCAUCGCUGGUUUUGUUAACUACAAAUUAUGUCGACUGAUGUUCACGUUAAACCUGCCAAGGGACGCGAUAUCGCAGUUUAAGACACAUACAGAAAGGUUUAAGAUGCGUCUUGGUUUCGCUGAGCUCGCUUUUGAGCACUAUGCAUGGUUAUCGAAACAAUUUAGCACAUUCGGCGAUAUUUUUGACGAGGCUGUGAAAAUGGGUCUACCUGCGGUGCAGACUCAACAUCCCGGAUUGUACUAUCAACAAGCGGUGCAUUAUGCCAAUCUACGUAAAAAAAGUUGUUACGAGCUGUGUAAUUCCAUUGAGAGUUAUCCCAGCAAUGAUCCACUAGCCGGGUUAAAAACAGUCGAGUUCUAUGGUCAGCGACCAUGGCGACCCGGCAAGGUCACUUCAGAACCGCCAGAUCCGCAAAUCGAAAGCAACGGCAUCGAAGCGCUGCAAUAUCUUGAGAAGCACGUCAACCAUUCGAACAUCAUCAUCGGGUUGUACGGUCUGGCUGUCACUCAGUUCAAAACGUACAAGUGUCCUCGCACGCGUCGACACUUGGUCGUACAAAUGGCCGACGAAUAUUUUGUCUCUGGCGACUAUGGCAAGGCACUAACUCUGCUUACACACAUGCUUCUCGACUAUCGCACCGAGUGCUGGUGGUCCAUACUCUCACACAUCGUGGAACGUGCGUUAAUUUGCGCUCAUUUAAUUGCCAGCAUUGAGGACUUCGUCGUUUUAAGUUUAGAAUUACUGGGCAGGAAUGCCAAGAUAACGUACGAAAAGAAAAAGACCGUAUAUGAGAAUCUCGUUCGUAUUCUAAGCCGACAAACACCAAUUAAAGAUGCACUGCUGCAGAUUGAUUCCAAACCACAGUGGGAAAAAGCACUAAGUGCUGAUUUAAAUUUACGUCUUGAUAUGACUAAUAUCACUACAUGCAUCGAUUGCAAGUGCAGGUUUUUGCAGAAUAAGUAUCAGGCUGAUGAUAAAGUGCAAGUUGAAGUUUACGUACGCAAUGAGUGCGAGUUUCCGAUGAAUUUCAGUUCCAUUGGAAUUACUGUGAAACAUUUCAAUGAUUCCAGUAAUUAUUUUGUUCAGGGUGGUGACUUCUUUUUUAAAACUGGAAUUGUCAAACGGUUUAUAGUCGAAUUUACGCCGCAGCUAGCUGAUAUUAAUAAUGAAAUAUCGAUUGUUGCGGUUGAUCUGCAUUUGGGUGAAAUGGGAAAGUUGGUUUUGCAGUUCACAGGCACUGGUAAUAAAUGUAGCAUUCCAAUGGAACUGAAAUUUUUCCGUAAAGAACACAAAGGCUUCGAGUUUGACAAUGUAUAUCCAAGUUUAAAUUCGACGAUAGUUCCUCGCAAUUCCAAAUUAAAAUUGUCGUUUACACAUGCAGAACCUGCACUCCUUGGCGAAUGGUAUGAAAUUACUAUUCAUAUGCGUAACGAAGAAAGACAGAAAGUCUCCAAUAUGCAGUUUGAAAUUGGUUUGGUAGAUGAUGAAGGCAUCGACAGUACCGAAUUCAGCCGGCAGGCGGACAGGAGCGCCGAGAAGCUGCCGAUUGCUUUUCAUCAUGACGAACGAGCACCGUCGUUCACUCUAUGCAUGCGAGCGCACAAGAUCGGCGAUCGCAACAUCUACAUACGCGCGACGUUUGUGUUGGACGGCAUCGUACCCAGCCUCACCGAGACGACGCUGCAAAUCUCGGUCGUGAAACCUUUCGAAAUCGCAACGCGCUAUCUCACCGGCAUGUUUGAGGAUGCGGCGAAAUUAUACGCGGAUGAAGAAUUCGUCGCCAUGCCAGUUAUUAAUUGCCUGUCGCCUUGGCCCAUUAUAAUAGAAGACACGAAAUUAGAAUACGACCCGAACGUACGGUGCGUGGACGCCGACACCGAAUGCCAAAUCGCCGGCCACGAAUUAAAGAAUGGCGAAUCGGUGGCCGAGAUGUACUUGGCGACGACGGCGAAGCGCAGCGAUGUCCCAAUCGCCAUCGGGCAAUACACCGUCGAGUGGCGCAGAUUAAACGGCCCGGCGACGACCAGUCGGACGCAGCUUGCUGGUCCCCCAAUCGACUGGAUACCGUUGGAGCUGCGACUGAAUGUGCCCUCACAUGGGCUGGUGCGAACUCCAAUGCUCAUCGAGUACCACCUGUUCAACAAAUCGUCUUGCCUGGUGCAGAUCGACGUGAAUAUCGAGAGCGGCGAGGCUUUUAUGUUUGCAGGAUUUAAACAAUUCCGCGUUAGCAUCCUUCCUUCUGCCAAGAAAGUAUUGACUUACAAUCUCUACCCGCUUAUCGCAGGCAGUGUAUGUCUACCCAAGCUGGUGCUCUCAUUGCCCGAGAGUGAGGGACCCGCGCUGCGGCAGGAACAAUUGAACGCCUUAUUGCAGCGCUCACUGCCAACGCAUAUAUUUGUUAUGCCUCAGAAGAAAGGAAACCCGACAAUACCCAAAAUCAUGAAUAGCGUCGUCUGUUAAUGCAAGAUUAGUAAACAAAUAUAAAUAAUAAAAAUAUCUGAAAUCUGUAGACGAGGUGCGUUCCUCGUUUGCAGAGUAGGUACAUAAUUUCAUAAUAAAUUCUAAAAAUGUCUUGGCUGGGGAUUUGGCGUUCACAAAGGAUUGACCUUCCCGGCAGAGUUUUUAAUUUGUUAUGCCGCAGAUUAUGGCUGUACGGCAGCAAUACUUGUCGUACACUCAUAUUUAUAGUUUCAAGGAGAAGGAUUCGGCGUGUAUUAGGCCGGCGACGACGGCGCUCAUACUCGCGAUUAUGCGAGAAGGAACGCGCUGCAAAUAUUUGACAACACGUGUAAAUAAACUUUGUAUGUAGCAGCAGGCUGUUGUGUUUGUGUUGAUUCGCUAGCAAUUAUAGGCGAUACAAGGCGCUGAAAUGAUCCCCCGGAAACAAA